AACGUGUAAACUUCCGCUUUGUCAAACCAAACGUGAACUGGAUAGGUCUGCGUAUCCUGAUCGAAGUACAAUACUACAAUAGACUAGUCAAUAUUAGAACUAAUAUUUGAAUAUUUGUGUCUUACAAACAUUUCGUGCAACGCUUCACGAUGAGCAAAGAAACUAAUUUACGAUAUGAGCAACCACACAAGCCUAGCAAACUGUUCUUAGAAUACACGAAAAAUUUGCAGUCUAAUGACAGCAUUAGGAUUCAAAAUAUUGAUCACAAAAAAGAAGACUUGAAACAUGUCCAAGAAAAAUGGCUGGAAGCUAGUGAUUUAAAAAUAAAGGCCAAACAACAUGUUGCUGAAAAAAAGGGUCUGGAAGAGGAAAUGAAAUUGGUUGCUAAAGCUAAUAUGUUGGUUCGUAAAAGAGCUUUGGCCUUGAGGAUUGAAGCAGAACAGUUGAUGUAUGAACAGGAGUUAGCCCAGAUGGGGAAAGUGUUUCACAAGCAGCGCCUCUAGAAUAAAUCAGAUUAAUCUCAAGGAAUUUACUUAAGAUCUUAUUGAAACCAAAGUGCAAUUUGUAAAUAUGUUAAAAGUGUGAUAAAUACUGAAACAUGUGAAACAUUCUUUUUACCUUUCAAAGUCAUAUCAUAGUAUGUUUUGUAUUUGAGGUAUGUAAGAUUGGUUAUGAAUGUAAGGUAUGAUGGGGUAUAUUUGGCUGUCUGUUUGGAUUACUCAACUUGUACAAUAUGAUUCCAUUUUUAUUAGCAGAAAAAUAUUUAGUAUUAUUAUUUAGCAGAAAAUUAUAUAAAGAUCUCAGAAUCUUGAAUAUAUUUUCAAAAAAAUUUAAUGAAUCCUUUUUUUUUCCUUUUAUAAGUCUAUGAUAUAUGAAAUCUAUUAAAUAUAUAAUUAUUUUUUAUAUCAGCCACUACAUAACCAAGAUUAAUAAAUAUUUUUAUAUUAAUAUA